AUCCGGGUCCUGCCUCUGACUCGUUGCUUCCUAGAAGCUAACGGUGGCUAGCAAGCUGUCAAACCUGUCAAGUGGAGAGACAGGAAUAGACGAUUCAGCCUCCCUGGGCUUAGCUGUGCAAAGCUUCGUUCUCCCAAUCCCUUACAUACGAAAAAUUGAAGAAUUUGUUUACUCGCCACACGAGAUAAUGUGAUGCUUUGCGGGUGCGCGCAAAAGGGGACCGCCGCAUUACCACUGUUUAUACAGAAUCUUGAGUGACGACUUCUUAUUGCUAGCUAUAGGCUAGCUAGCUAAGGUAAACUACCGCAAAACCCUGUUUUUAGCGUUGUACAUUUUGUGCCGAAUACUACAAUCUCCUGGAUCUUAUUUUUGUCGCAAUUUUUUUCACUUCCAGCGGCUGUCCUGAUAUUUGGCUUUCAGGGUGACACAAUGGGUGCAUUUCUGGACAAACCAAAGAUGGAAAAACAUAACAACUCUGGGGAGGGAAACGAGCUAAGGUUUGGGUUGAGCAGCAUGCAGGGAUGGCGGGUUGAGAUGGAAGAUGCGCACACAGCAGUAGUUAGUUUGCCUUCGCCUCUUCAGUGCUGGUCAUUUUUUGCUGUAUAUGAUGGGCAUGCUGGCUCUCAGGUGGCCAAGUACUGCUGUGAGCACCUGCUAGAGCACAUCACUAGUAGCCAAGGCUUCCAGAGUGCUCUGAAGGAGAAAUCUGAAAGCACGGUGGAUAAAGUUAAGGAUGGCAUCCGCUCUGGAUUCUUGAUGUUUGACGAACACAUACGAAACUUGUCUGAAAAGAAGCAUAGUAAUGACCGCAGUGGCUCCACCGCUGUAGGGGUGAUGAUUUCUCCAAGCCAUUUGUACUUCAUUAACUGUGGGGACUCGCGUGGAAUCCUUAGCAGGAGUGGAUUGGUGAAAUUCUUCACAGAGGAUCACAAGCCAAGCAACCCACUAGAGAAGGAAAGGAUCCAGAAUGCUGGUGGCUCAGUCAUGAUCCAGCGUGUUAAUGGGUCUCUAGCUGUAUCCAGAGCUCUGGGUGAUUUUGACUAUAAGUGUGUGGAUGGCAAAGGCCCCACAGAGCAGCUCGUCUCUCCAGAGCCUGAAGUUUAUGCAAUAGAAAGAAGUGAGAAGGACGAUGAAUUCAUCAUACUUGCUUGUGAUGGCAUCUGGGAUGUUAUGGGGAAUGAGGAAGUGUGUAGCUUUGUGAGAUCAAGAUUAGAGGUUACGGAUGAUCUUGAAAGAGUCUGCAAUGAAAUUGUGGACACCUGCUUGUACAAGGGAAGUCGAGAUAAUAUGAGUGUUGUGUUAAUCUGCUUUCCUGGGGCCCCAAAGGUAUCUCAAGAAGCAGUGAUGCGAGAGAUGGAACUGGACAAGUUCUUGGAGGCCAGAGUUGAAGAGAUCCUUAAAACUGAGUGGGAUAAAGGUACUCCUGAUUUGGUCAAUGUUAUGCGAAUGUUAACCUCUGAGACCAUACCAAACCUCCCUCCGGGUGGAGAGCUGGCAAGCAAACGAAGUCUUAUUGAAGCAGUGUUCAACAGACUUAACCCAUCAAAAAACGAUGAAACAGACUCUGCGUUCACAGAUGACAUGUGGUAACACAACCUCCAACCAAUAACACUGCAUAAAGUUUACAAACCACCACCCUCUCAAGACCCACAGCAGCUCAGCUCAGCAGUCUGUCUCUCCGUCACUCUGAGCUUUUGGUUCCUAAGAAGGGAAUAUCAUGGGAAGAGGAGGAAUUGCAUGCACACAAACCUGGAAUAGUGCAGCACCUGUCCACUUGGAGUUUAGGAUCUCCACCGUCUCGUCUCUGUUUUAUGUUCACUCUCCUUAAUAUUCUCCUCUAAAGUAAUUCACAACAAGUGAGUCUACAAGUUUUUCUUUUUGAUUAGGAAUCGGCUUAAAUGGUAAUGGGUUUGCUGUAAUUAUUUUUGAUUCACAUUUCCUCGUGUGUGUCUGUAUAUUUUUGUUUUUGUGAAGUGCAAUUGUCCUGUACAAACGGCCUGUAUUUAAUGCAGCUUGAUUUUAAGUUAAAAAUGAAAGAAAUGACAAAAAAAAGAACUUCUUAUGCACUAUUUGCCCUUUCCUGCUCUCCUGUAACUCUAACAAAUAUCUAUCCAGUGAACUGCUUGUCCUCCAGCCACAAUGACCUUGUGCUUCAGUUAUUUUUUCCCGCACUUAGUUUUUGUUCCUUUCACGAAACGGGUAAAUUGUAUAGUUGACAGCACAGUAAGCUCUCUAUAUCAAACCAGUUGAAUCCAAUAUUUUUCCCUUAUGCUUUGUCUUUUGUUUUUUUUUGGCUUACAUUUUACUUUUGUUUGUUGUUGUUUUUUUGUACAUGCUCUAAUAAUAACAGUAAUAAUGUCAAUUUACCAGUAUGAAGUGGAAGGAUCUUUUUUUUUUCCAUUUUAUAUCAAAUAUUUGUCAUGUCUAUCUAUGUGAAUAGACUAAUAUUAGGUUGUGUAUGUCAGUGCACACGUGUGUUCAGUGGAAGGGACUUUAUUUGCAACUCUAAAGUCCAACUUAUGAAGGUGGAUCUUCAGGAGACAAACAAGGCUGCAGGUUGAGAAUUGCCAUCCCGAUGCUCCCAUACUUACCAAUGGUUGCUUCUUUUUUUUUUUUUUUUUUUGCAAACUCAUGUUUUAGUUUUACUUUAAAAUUCUUUUUCUACUAACUCUUAAACAGCUAAAAAAACAUCUGAAUACUUUUAUAUUCUUUUUAAAUUAAGUGGAUUCGACAAUUAAUUGAGUGAAAAAGUGGAGUAGAUUGAUAUAAUACUAGCCAGGAGUUGACUAGUUGAUCCGUUUUAUCAUAUUUAUUAAUUCCAAAAUGUAAAACGAGACCACUAUAGGUGCCAUGACUUUUGGAUCACAUUUCAGCUUUAUUACAGCCUAUGCCAACUUUUCACAUAAUUCAGUUUUUGUAUGUGAUGCAGGUAAGUUUAAAAACCUAUCGCAUUAGCAAUCCAGAGAACGAGAACUCUGAUGCGUAGUUUAUGUUGUGCACCACUUUGUCUAUAAAUGGACAAAUCAAGAACAAAUAUUCAAACUUUGAGAAAAUUUUGGGUGGUUUUAAGCACCUUCCUAAUCCAUCGUUUGCUUUACUUAAAAACUGUUUUCUCACCUCACUUUACAUCUGUGCUUGCUGCUAAAGUAUAUUAUCCGUGGGUUAACUUGUAUUUAAUUUUCCUUCUAAGAAGAAAUAACAAAAAGAGAUGGUCACUGAUGAAAUUUUACUUACACGCUAGAUGUAUUUCUUGAUGAGAAACUAUUUUAAAUUUAUUUUCCAUCUUUUACGUUACCGUUUCUGUAUGUUUAUAUUUCUGUCUUAAUUUCUGGAGGAAUAAAUUGUUUUGCUCGAGUUAGUUUUUUGCUAUGUUAGUUUAAUUAUUUUUAACAUUUUUCGUGAAAAUAGUUAGCCUCCCGUAACUUAUUAGUGUUUCCAUAUAUGGAAUAGUGAUACAAAGUGCAUGAUUAUUAAUCGAAAAGACAAUCCUAACAGUGUCACUGCAUUUAGUUUUGUGGUGGAUAUUCCUUCAAUUCCUUUAUAAAUCUUUUAUUAAACCUGAAAUAGCUGCUUUCUAAAAUGCUUUUGAGGCAAAGAUGCCAAAGACCCUUGUAUUUUAGCAAAGUAAAAAAAAAAACUUUGCUUUUACCCUCGUAAAAGUUUAGUUGGAAAAGUCAAACUAACUUUAUAUCUGAAUACUAAACUUGUUUCCUUUGGCCCCUAAAGGUUGUGGUUAUUAGUGCUGGUGUGAAGAAUCGUGUAGAUUCCAUCUGCACUCUGUGAACACAGAAUGAAUUAGUAGAGCAAGGGGGUGCGUCCGUUUGAAAGGGUGCUCGUGUGAUGAUCAGCAGGUGACGUUGGAUAAAUUAGCAGAGAAUUGCUAAAGUACUUUAAAACAGCCUGAAUCGUGUCUUAACUGCUAAAUGAAAAAUAAAUGCUGCAUGUUUUGGGGAAAUCAUGAGCAAUCCUGAAACCAUAGAUUUUGCUAUGGCAAAAAUCUAAUCUGUGAAAAUUCCUCCAAAAUACUUUUUAACACCCAUCUCGGCAGAAAUUGCAGAUUUGUCCCAAUGCAAACAUAUUAAAAAAAAUAAUGGCAGUGAGCUAUUUUAGGAGUAUUUAGGGCUUUUAAUUAGCAUGUAUUUGUAUUUGCAUCACAAGAGAAAUGUAAUUCCUUAAAGUAAUGAAAAUUAUGAUAAAAUUUCCCCUUUUUGAAGCUUCUAUAAUGAGCCCUUUUGGUCUCUAGAGUUUGUUUUUAAAUGCACUGAACGUUCUUAUCUAGCACUUACUUUGCAAACCUCAAUGGUAUUAUUUUUGUCAAAAAAAAAUCAUUUAUGUAGUUUAUAUUUUCUUUUAGAUAAAUAAAUGGAAUAACACAAUGCUUUAUUAUGUAAUUCUCAAAAUAAGUGUUUCAAAAAUGUUUGGGUUAAAAAUUUUAAUGGCCUAAUUCUAAAGACAGAGAAAGAGAGUUUGAAUAUUUAGCUUCAUAUUGUGAAAAUAUUCUUUAAUUGGAAUUGUUUUACCUCAGACAUUGAUUAGUACAUGUGUUGAUCUGUCUUGGAAUUUGUUCAAAUCUGUAGUGGAUCAUCCACUGAAAUAAAACUUAAACCGAAAGAUGAACUCAUCGGUUUAGAGUAUUUGAGAACGGAAAUACCUCAAACUCGGUAGGAUGUUUUUAUUUUAUUUUAUUUUUUUUUCAUUUUUUCAUCCCUUCAGCUAAAAAAGAAAAAAGGACAAAAAAGUAUUCCUUCAGUUUUAUCCUUACGCAUGUAGGAACUCUGCACUAACAGAAUUUUUUUUAAAGCAAUUAUUUUAGCAACUGAUUCUAUUCUAUCAGCUGCUGCUCAAUCAAGGCUUUUUUUUGGGUUUUUUUCUACAUGUAAAGCUCAAUUAGUUAAAAUCUGUCAUUGUAAUGUGAGUUCAAAAUGGUAGACAAAUGACUUGUGUGACUAAAAAUACACCGAUCAGCCACAAUAUUAAAGCCACCUGCCUGUUGAUUUGAGACUUUUCUUUUCCCCAUUUAGCCAGAACCGAUUACAGCAGUGCUCUGAAGGAGUGGAUCCUUUGUUGGUCCAGGGGAAAAUGUUGAUACUUGGAGAGUUUUUAAAUUGGAAAAAACAUUUUUUUUAAUGUUAAUUCCAUACUGAGCAGUUUCUUAGAUGUGAUGCAUGCAGCAUUGAUGUCACGUCGUAAUAGGCUUCCCCCCCAAAAUUGAGUCUUUUAACCAAAUCACUAACUUUAUUCACAUCAUCCACUUGUGGGCUCAAUGUUGUAGCUAAUCUGUGUACUUUGUAACUAAAAGAAUAUCGUUGAAACGCACGGUUUAUCUGUUUAAUCACUUUUCUUUCCCAACAAAUUGUUACUGCGGAGAAAAAAAAAGUACAUAAAGCUUUUUCAGAGUUACCUUUGGUUGCCUGGAAUGCAUCCUGUAUAUUGUUGUACAGAGGACUACCUAUGAGAAGUUGUAGAGAUUUUAAAACGCUCGCGCCCUCUUGUACAUAUUGAUGUACUCUAGUUGUGGCGUUUAUUGUGUGACCCUUGGCGGUGGCGGCGACGUCUUUGUCCCGCACUGCUUUCCUUUUUUUUUUUUCAGCUCAUAAAUAAGCUCACCGAUUUGCCUUACCCAGUAUCAUGUUUUAUCCCAUCUAAACUAGGCUGCUUGCCCAACAGAAACACUAUAAUGAGGAGUAGUAGUACAGACAUUGUAUAUUUUGAGGUACUCGAGCUAUAUGGACAGUGACUUUGUCCUGUUUGUCAUGAGGUACAUACCCCCCCUCCCGGCCCAUGUCGCUGUAUUGAAUUGCAGUUGUUCAAAGGUUUAAUUUUUAGAUGUCAUACUUUUAAUAAAUGCAGAUGUUUUAACAUGGUGACCUUGUAAGCAUUUGAAAUGUGCAUACACACAUCAAUGUCUGCUCUAUUGAUGAUUACAUUCAAGAAUAGCUUUAGAGUGCUGUAGUUAGGUAUUGUCACGUUGAUUCCAAUGCUUCUCAGAGACCAAUGUGAGUGGUUUCAAAAAGUUCAAUAACUGUACAGUUUGUAUUAUGUUCUAGCUCCAAAGGAAUGGCAGACAAAAAAUAGAAAUGUUUAAAAAAGAAGAGGAAAAAAAGCUUUGUUCUCUGAACUAAAUUGUACUAUUUGUGUUGUCAGUUGAACAAAUUGCAUUCCUUGCUUGUGAAUAGAUGCAUUUUUGCCUCCCCCUCCUAUUCCCGCUCUUUAAAUUUUCUCCCGCUUUCCUUCUCUUUGAUUUUUUUUUUAAGCCAUUAAAGUUUGAAUAAAAAUUUCUAGUUUGCAGAAUGUACUACUAAAUAAACGUGUUGUCAUCUUGUA